AUGCCUCAAGCUCGAUUUGCACUCCUUGCUUCGUUGUUUUCAACAAUUGUCUUUUCUGACCCUUUCAAUACCUUCGACGGUCCAGGUUUCCCUGCGUGUCGCGAAGUCGCAAAAGUCUACGAUCCAAACACCGUAGAGGAGACAAUUGAUAUUGUCCGCACAGCUGCUAGCAAUGGCACACCUAUCAGAGCGUCAGGUAAAGGCCACAUGUGGUAUGAUACCAUGUGUUCUGAUGAUCCAUCGACUGUGAUUGUCCGGACCGAACAGCUCAACCGCAUCAGCGAAUUCGACCUUCCGGUCGGGGCACAAGAUGGUUCCGUGAUGAUUGAGGCAGGCGUUACAUUUUUCCAGCUUGCUGAGUAUCUUCAUCUGAACAACGCAAGCAUGGGUUAUACACUAGUGAACUGGAACAUAACAUUGGCAGGGAGUAUUGCAAUGGGUGCCCAUCGGAGCAGCCUUCGCGAGGACAGUAUGGUAGCUGCAGGUGCGUUGGAGCUGCACAUAAUCGACGGAAAUGGCGGCCUUCGUGUGAUCAAGAGGUCCGAUAGCGACGAAUGGCUUGCUGCAUCUACCUCACUGGGUCUACUUGGAGUCAUUGCCAAAGUAAAGUUCAAGAUCUAUCCGGAUUUCAAGGUUUAUGCUAAGCAAGACAUUCUCGCUGAGAAUAAAGUAAUUAACGGUGACAUCUAUGGACUGAUUGCGCCGUACGGAACUGCAAACCUUUGGUGGUGGCCCUAUCUGCGCAAGUUUCACCAUCGUUAUUACGAUCCGAUUCCGGCAGGGUUGUCCGAUCAAGAAGGCUUUCAAUCAACCUUUAGUGUCACAAAGACUGAAGCUGAUUUUGCAGCAGGUCUGCUAAACUCUGGCAAGUUCCUACCUACGUCUAACAUGGCUGCUGAGACAUUAUUCUUUGCAUUAUGGUCACCACCGAACUUCCGUGAUAAGAGAACAGACAAACCAAUCUUAACUUGGCCGGUAUACGGCUGGAACUAUGACGUGUUGAUCGGCGGACUCUAUCCUGGUUACGGAACACAAUGGGACCUUGGAAUUCGAGGUUUGACUCUUGAGCUUGCGUUCCCGGUCACAAUGGCAAAUGAUGUGCUUAAGCAUGUGCGAGAGGCAUUCGACAACGAACUCAAGAAAGGGAUUGUGAUGACAUCCACGUAUCGUUCUGGUAUAAAUAUCAAGUUCGGCAAGCCUUACAAUGACUUACUUGGACAAGUCUCCACUGGCACUGAGGACGGUGCAGACUGGACAAAAGGCGCUAUGAUGUUCGACUUUCCAACUUUCAAACCUAACUGGGGUGAUGGCAAAAGGUUUAACGAGGGUUUCUAUGACAGGCUGGCGAAAGGCCUAAUCGAACGAUUUCCAUGUCGACCACACUGGACUAAGAAUACAAGAGAUAUCUUCAAUCUGACGAUGGCAAACAACAAGAUCGAUUCAGAACACCUCAGAAGAUUCAAGAGUGCACUCUCAAUUAGAGACCUAUACUAG